AUGGCUCAUUUAUAUGAUGAGGCUCAAACUAGAACAGGCCAUUCAUACUUUGUGUUGCAAUUGUAUAAAUAACCAGGUAAAGACAAUUAAUCUCAUACUCCAAACCACUUCAUUCUUUAAGGAGCUCUGUAGAGUUUGAAUCGAUUCGAUUUUAUGAACCAUAUUAUAAUAAUUGCACCUAUUAGAAAGUAUUACAGUAAUGGAAUGAUAGAUCUCAAAAAAUUAAUUGUUGAAAAGUAAGCAUAUUCAGAAGUUUUAUUGUCUAGCAGUAAAUAAUUCAUUCCAAAAUCUUAAUGGUAUUUAUGA